AUGCUGGCAACAGGAAGAGACUGCCACACUGGGUGUGGUUUAAGCACCCUGACCAGCUUUGCUCCUUACCUGGGCCAAAUGAGAAAUCUUCCCAAGUUCCUUCUCUCUCAUAUCUGUGAGCCUGCCUCCAUUUCCCCAGAGGAAAAGAGGAAGUUGAUCAGUCAGUUUACUUCUCAGUUUCUCAACCUGGAGUGCCUCCAGGAGCUCUCCCUGGACUCCGUCUCCUUCCUCGAAGGUCAAAUGGACCAGGUGCUCAGGUGCCUGGAGGCCCCCUUGGAGACGGUCUCUAUCACCGACUGCCAGCUUUCGGAAUCAGACUUGAAGUCCCUGACCCAGUGUCCAGGCAUCCGUCAGCUCAAACAUCUGAACCUAAGUGGUGUCAUACCGACCAACAUGAAUCCUGAGCUCCUUCAAGUCCUACUAGAGAGAGUCGCAGCCACCCUGAAGACCCUGGACUUGGAGAACUGUAGGAUUGUGGACUCCCAGCUCAGUGUCUUUCUGCCUGCCCUGAGCAGCUGCUCCCAGCUCACCACAUUCAGCUACUUAAGAAAUCCCAUGUCAGUGGCUGUUCUGGAGCGCCUGCUCUGCCACACCGCUGGGCUGAGUUGCUUAAGCCUGGAGAUGUAUUCUACCCCCUGGGAGAUUUAUGGUGCCCAGGGUACUUCUCACCACAAGCAGCUAGAACAGCUCCGUGAGGAGCUGAGUAGGACAAUGAAGCCACUGAAACGCACCAAGACAGUGUGGUUUUCAGCAUCAUUCCCUGUCCACCUUGUGGCAACCAGGCCAUAUGAGUCAGAGCCCAAGCUGCACUAG